GUUUCAUAUACAGUGACGCAGAUAGGGUUUUAGAGAGACACAGAGACAGGGCGAGACCGUUGGGGACAGGAUGGGUAUUUCAAGGGACUCCAUGCACAAGAGGCGUGCCACCGGUGGCAAGAAAAAAGCCUGGAGGAAGAAGCGCAAGUAUGAACUUGGUCGUCAGCCUGCAAAUACUAAGCUCUCAAGCAACAAGACAGUAAGGAGAAUCCGUGUUAGAGGUGGAAAUGUGAAGUGGAGGGCCUUGAGAUUGGAUACAGGGAAUUAUUCAUGGGGUAGUGAGGCUGUCACUUGCAAGACCCGUAUCCUUGAUGUGGUCUACAAUGCCUCAAACAAUGAACUUGUUAGAACACAAACACUUGUGAAGAGUGCCAUUGUUCAGGUGGAUGCAGCUCCCUUUAAGCAAUGGUACCUUCAACACUAUGGUGUUGACAUUGGUAGGAAGAAGAAGGCGACUGCUAAGAAGGAAACGAUGGAGGAGGGGGAAGGUGUUGCAGAGGAAACUAAGAAGAGCAACCAUGUACAGAGGAAGCUCGAGAAGCGGCAGAAAGAACGUAAUCUUGAUCCCCAUAUUGAAGAGCAGUUCGGUGGUGGUAGGUUGUUGGCCUGCAUCUCUUCCCGUCCUGGUCAAUGUGGGAGAUCCGAUGGGUAUAUAUUGGAAGGGAAAGAGCUAGAGUUCUAUAUGAAGAAAAUCCAGAAAAAGAAAGGAAAGGGUGCUACUGGUGCUGCUGCUUAAUCCUACUGUUUUAUCUUUCCGAUAGGUUAUGGCUACCCAUUGACGAGGUUGGUAUAACACAUUUUUGCUGAUACUUGAUUGGUGACUAAUUGAAUGAUGCCUAUACAUGUCUGAGCAUCAUUACUUACAACAUUUGUUGCCACAGAUUUUGGGUUUGAUUAUUCUAUUCUCAAUUUUUUCUA